AUGACUAAUGACCUAAAACAUCUUUUCACUGUUUUUCUCUCACUCCCCUCUUAUACGCCCUCCGUUUCCCCCGCUCUCUCUCUCUCUCACCUCCUCUCUCAAAUUCUCCCCCUCUCUUAUCCGUUCUCACCAAAUAUUUCACCCUCUCUCUGUCUCGCAAACCUCCGAUCUCUCACUCUUUCCCUCAUUCUCUCUUCUUUUCUCUUCCCUAGUUUAUCUCUCUACCUUCUGCCACAAUGUAUUUUGCUUAAUAAACAAUCUCUCUUUCUCUCUCGCUCUCUCUCUCUCUCUCUCUCUCUCAAUCGCUUUCUCUUACUCCUUAGCUUUCUCACCCUCUCUCUCUCUCUCUCUCCCUCUCUCUCUCUUAUCCACUCUUACCUAGUUACUCCCUCCAGAUCCCUUACUCUCUCUCACUCUCUAUUGGUCUGGUUUUUUCUCUUACUCAAUCACUUUUUCUCUUACGCUCUCUCUCUCCUCUCCCCUCUCCCCCACCUUUCUCUCUCUCUCUCUCUCUCAAUCGCUUUCUCUUACUCCUUAGCUUUCUCACCUCUCUCUCUCUCUCUCUCUCUCUCUCUCUCUCCCCUCUCUCUCUUAUCCCUCUUCCCUAGUUACUCCCUCCAGAUCCCUUACUCUCUCUCACUCUCUAUUGGCCUGGUCUUACUCAAUCACUUUCUCUCUUACGCUCUCUCUCCUCCUCUCUCUCUCUCUCUCUCUAUCCUCCCCCUCUCUCUCUCUCUCUCUCUCGCCCUGCUCUUCCACUCUCUAUCGCUCGCUAUCUCACAUCCCCAUUCUCAUUUUUUUAUCUUCUCUCCUUCAUUUUACCUCUCUUAA